GGCUUGGGUUGCUUUCACUUUUGCUCUUGCCUUCAUUGUGUACAUUGUCAAGUACACAGUACCUGAAACGGCCACUGGGAAGAGGUUCCUAGAAGACACGAUAAAAGUAGCUGUGAUUGCAAGUUACAAAUCCCAGGAUUUGUAUCACUGCACUUGGAUCCCCCUACGUGAGAAUGGGGAGUCUUGUGCAUUGCACUCUACUGCUGCUAUGGCUUGCGGCCGCCCUGGCCGCAACCCAUAACCGCGCAGGCUCACACUCGCUGCGUUAUUUCGCCACUGCCAUUUCCCGGCCCGGCCUCGGGGAGCCACGGUUCACCGCUGUGGGCUACGUGGACGACACGCAGUUUAUGCGCUUCGACAGCGACGCGGAGAAUCCGAGAGCGGAGCCGAGCGCGCUGUGGGUGGAACGAAUGGAGCCGGAGUUUUGGAAGAAGGAGACUCGGAUAUUCAAGAGGCACACCCAGAAUUUCCGAACUUGCCUUCAGAACCUGCUGCGCAAGUACAACCAGAGUCAAGAUGGUUCCCACACUAUCCAGGAUAUGCACGGGUGCUAUGUGGGACCUGAUGGUCGCUUCCAAAGCGGGCACUAUCAACACGCCUAUGAUGGCCAUGAUUACAUCACCCUCAACGAGGACCUGAGCUCCUGGACCGCAGCAGAUGCAGUGGCUCAGAUCACUCAACACGAGUGGGAGCAGGAUGGUGUAGCUGAGGAAUACAAGGCCUACCUGGAGGGCACGUGUGUGGAAACACUCCACAGAUUACUGGAGAACUGGGAGGAAACUUGGCAACACUUAGAACCCCCAAAGACACAUGUGACCCACCACCCCAGUCCUGAAGGUGAUGUCACCCUGAGGUGCUGGGCCCUGGGCUUCUACCCUGAUAUCACCCUGACCUGGCAGUUGAAUGGGGAGGACCUGACCCAGGACAUGGAGCUUGUGGAGACCAGGCCUGCAGGGGAUGGGACCUUCCAGAAGUGGGCAGCUGUGGUGGUGCCUUCUGGAGAGGAGAAGAAAUACACAUGCCAUGUGGAGCAUGAGGGGCUGCCUGAGCCUCUCACCCUGAGAUGGGAGGCUCCUCCAUCCACUGUCUCCAACACAGCCAUGAUUGCUGUCCUGGUUGUCCUUGGAGCUGUGACCAUCAUAGGAGCUGUGGUGGCUGUUGUGAGGAAGAGGAGGAGAAACACAGGUGGAAAAGGAGGGGACUAUGCUCCAGCUCAAAGCAGCAACAGUGUCCACAGCUGGGACUCCUCUCUGGAGGCUUGAAAAGCCCUCCUUCCUGGUCCAGCAGACAUGAUGGGAAAUCUACAUCCUGUCAGUUUCAUGCUGCCCUGAACUGCAGCCUCUCAUUUCCAGACCAAACAUAGAAAUCUGAAUGUGAAUUCGAUUGUACAAAUCUUUGACCCGAGGGGUUGAUUAAUGGGUAAAUUAAGGGAUUGAGAAUAUUCUGAAUUUUGCAGAGAAAAUAAAUGGCAAUGUGGAGAACCUUCCAGAA